AUGCAAAUCAUACAAUCAAUCUCUAGACGCUUUCUGGCUUCCUCUGCUCGCUUUUCAGCCACAGCUCAGCCUUCACUAAGACAAUCUCCAGCUUUUAUGCUUCGAGGCUAUGCUAACAGACCAGUAAUAGAAAAUGAUGAUCCAACUCCUGACAAAAUGGAAGGCGGACCAGAUCGUGAAUCGAUUCCGGGUGAUGCAGGAGGAACAAAAUCCGUCUCGGAAAGUGAUGCUGCCUUUGAUCCCAAUACACCAAAACCACAAGAUAGUGCAGCAGACAUUGAAAAAGAGACGGAUAAGGAUAUGAGUAGAUCAGCUGCAAGUAAUAUGCCUUCAGACGCAUCAACAGGUCAAAAACAGAAAAAAGUUCCCGAAAACAAAGGCAGAAGUUGA